AUCUAACCGCUGAAAACAAAUCAAUCGCGGUUUACUAAUGGCAUUUUCGUAAAUAUGAAAAAAAUCAAAUGAGCAAACUUCUUUCCUCAUUUUCGCGUUUUACUUUUCUCUCUCCUCAUUUCCAGAACUCACGUUUUCUCUCUUCAUUUUCUCUCUCCUCCAUUUUCACUCGCCACCGUGUUCUCCUUCGUCACUUGCUACAACCGUCGCGCCGCCACCAUCUCCAAAUUUGUGACAUUAUCAACGCGUUGUCUUCUCUUCUUCAAAUUUGUAGUAAUUGAGGAAAUUGCGAACAAUUUUUGGCGAAAUUCACUGCUCCGACAACUCUUCGCCGACGGUCACCACUCCGGCGACUUUUAACUCAUCGCCGAUCGUCUCAAUAUCUUCGUCCUCUUCUUUAUAUACAUGUAAAAUGGCUGAUAACACUUCAACACCGAAGUUGCCUAAAGAUGAAAAUGUCACUGCUUCAAAAGCUGCUAAACCGAGCUUGCGAACAGUAUCGUUCAAACAUAUUGCAAGGAAACCUACAAUACCUAUAAAGAAAGAACUACCCAAGUUGUUGACAAGGAUGUCCCCGAAUAGUAUUGCUCAACUGAACAAGACGAUUUCUGCUUCUCAACGAAGUGCAAUCGAGAAUGUAGGCUUUGGGGACCUUUUAUCUUUGAAAAUCUCCAAACUGCCACUACAUCUAGGUUUGUUUCUUGUGGAGAGUUUUGAUGCUAAUACGUGUUGUUUAAGAAUUCACGGAAAUGAAUUCUUCAUCACUGAGAAGGACGUGCACGAGGUGUUGGGGCUUCCUCUAGGUGUUGAAGAGAUCAACUUGGAUAAUGAUUGUAAGGACGUAGAAAUCUUGGAUUGUUGGAAGAAACAAUUCAAGAAGUUCAUGAAGGAGAAAGCAGCGAAAAAAGCAAAAAAAGUUAAGGCAGUUAAAGGUGAAAAUGUGAAGGUGAAGGAGACUUUCACUCAACUGAUUCCUGUUGGGGUUCUUACUGAUCAUUUGAAGUCAAGUAAAGCAUCUUCGGAUAUGUGGUUGAGGAAUUACGUAGUUCUUGUUACUUCGACUCUUAUUCAUGGAGGACAGAACCAAUUUAUUUUACUCAUUUAGACAAAUGAGUAAAUG